AUGUCCGUUUUUGAAAAGGCGAAAGAGGCGGCUUUGUUUCUCAAAAGCCGCCUCCCUGUCGACCUGCAAAAUCCACAGGCCGCUGUUGUGUGCGGCUCCGGCUUAAGUGGCCUGGCCAACACAGUCCAGGCAGAACCUCGUGCAGAAUUCGACUAUGCGUCUAUUCCUCACUUUCCGCGCCCUACCGUCGCCGGCCAUGCAGGCAAACUGGUAUUUGGGUUGCUGGGACAAAAAAUCCCUGCGGUAUUCAUGGUUGGCCGCUCCCAUUACUACGAAGGAAGCUCGAUGGAUCUGAUUACCUUUCCAAUCCGAGUGUUUAAGCUACUGGAAGUGGAUACAGUCGUGCUAACGAAUGCAGCCGGCGGGCUUAAUUCUAGUUUCAAAGUGGGGGAUAUUAUGAUGUUGAAUGAUCAUAUCUUUCUGGCGGGCCUAGCCGGAAACCAUCCUCUGCGAGGGCAAAACGAAGAAGAGUUUGGAGUACGCUUCCCGCCGCUGUCUGAUGCAUAUGAUCUCAUACUGCGCCGUCAUGUCCAUCACGCAUGGAAGGAGGUUUUACCGCCUCAAAGCACAAGACGAUUGCACGAGGGUGUUUAUGCUUUCGUGGGAGGCCCUACCUAUGAAACGAGAGCCGAGAGCCGUAUGCUUCGAAUGAUGGGUGCGGACGUGGUCGGCAUGUCCACUGUUCCUGAAAUUGUUGUGGCCAGGCAUUGUGGUCUGCGCGUGCUUGCUUUCAGCCUCGUGACAAACAAUGCCGUGUUGGAUCCAGUGCCUCGCGGAGACGAACAAGAGUUGCAAGAAAAAGCAGCUGGAGAACUGAAUGCCAUGCUAGAGGAGGGCAAAGCGGGACAUGAGGAGGUCCUGGAGGCUGGUCGCACAGCAGCCUUGGACAUGGAGAAAUUGGUGACCCAUGUGCUGGUCAAUGUCUUCGGGUGA